UUACAUGAGGUCCUAUUUAGCCUGGGUGAAUUUCUGAAUUUCGGAGCUUUUUCAGGAGGGAAACUUCACGGGUUUUUUUUGUCCCGAGAUAAAAAUAAAUAAAUAAAUAAAAUAAAUUAUAAUAAUAAAAAAGAAAUAAAAUAAAAACCUAUUGAAAUAUAAGCCUUUAGAGUAAACCAUAUACAUUUUCACAUAAAUAAGGGAAGUAAGUCAUGUCUGGUAUUGCCUUAAGUCGACUUGCUCAGGAAAGAAAAGCCUGGCGAAAAGAUCAUCCCUUUGGGUUUGUGGCAGUGCCAACAAAAAACCCAGAUGGGACGAUGAAUCUCAUGAACUGGGAGUGUGCCAUUCCAGGGAAGAAAGGGACUCCAUGGGAGGGAGGCUUGUUUAAAUUGCGGAUGCUCUUCAAGGAUGAUUACCCUUCAUCCCCUCCAAAGUGUAAAUUCGAGCCCCCUCUGUUUCAUCCUAAUGUAUAUCCAUCUGGCACAGUGUGUCUAUCGAUUCUAGAGGAAGACAAAGACUGGAGGCCAGCAAUUACUAUUAAACAGAUCUUGUUAGGAAUUCAAGAACUUCUUAAUGAGCCAAAUAUCCAGGAUCCUGCUCAAGCAGAGGCAUAUACAAUUUACUGCCAAAACAGAGUAGAAUAUGAAAAGAGGGUUCGAGCACAAGCCAAAAAGUUCUCCCCACCAUAAGCUUCAAGUUCACCAACAAUGGAAGGGGAUCGGUUUGACAAGAUUAUAUUUUUUUUCUUAUUUUUUUCCCUUCCAAAAAGUUACCCUCUUGUGGUUUGGCAGACUCGCUGAAGAACUGGUGAAGCUAAACUGCAUUGUGUGCCAUUUACUAUGUUUGCCACUCGCAUCAAAGUCCCAGAAUGAGUAUUUGCUAAAUUGGCUUAAAAAAAAGUGUGUGUAAUAUAUAUACACUUUUUUUUUUCCUUCACACAGGGUUGCUUCCUUCAGUCUUUGUAUCUUUGUUUUCAUGGUUUUAAUGAUGUAAAACUUGCUUUUAUUUUAAUAUGUCAGUAUUUCAACUGCUGUAAAAUUAUGAACUUUUAUACUUUCUAUGAAUACACUAGUGUCUAUAGAUUACUUUCCAUCUGAUGCAGCCUUGUAUUCAGCAUGUUGUAAUAAGUGCAUUUUGUUGCCUUGACAAAAAAAACAGUACUAUAACAUUUGUUGUGCUGCACAAUGGCCACAGUGAUUCAAAGGCAGACAAUGGCUUAUUUCUGCAUCAGAUUCUUUGUCUUUUAGAUUGUGUUUUGUCCAUGUAAGUGUUUAGAGUAAAUAAACUGUUUAUACAAA